AUGACGAUAGAAAACAUUUCUGGACUUUUGGGCGACUAUCCCAUCUUUCAUCUCGGAAGCGGGCCUCCAGCACUGAAUCAAUUGGCCUUCAAACCAAAUGCUUAUACUUCAUAUCCAUACGACAAUGCUGUAAGAGCUAAUUUUAAAAGCUUCGAUCGCGGUUGA